UCUAUUUAUCAGUUGAACGUUUCGUCCCUAUAUUUGGGACUUCCUCAGCAACUCGAUCGUUAUUGUUCACGAGUCAAUAUAUCAUCAUUUCUCAUUACAGUCAUAAGUGAUCAUCGUUGCAUUUAACAACAUAUCUUUGAGAUUUUUUUCUACUGGAACACCUUAAAUGACUACUUUUUAAAAUAUAUGUAUAAAUGCAUUUCUGAAGGCUCACACAUGUUUAUGUUUUUAAUUGAUAGUAUUGUAUCGUCAUAACUACAUUCUUUGAUAGUAUUGUACCGUCAUCGCGUUAAGUACCUACUAUUACCCCCCCCCCCUUCUGGUGUUCAGUACAGAAGUUUACUUAUUUAUGUUUUGUCCAUACGAUGGUAACUCUACCUUACCGACGAGUUCAAAUUUAUUAUUUUAUAUAUUAGUCUAACUUCUGACGUGAUUAUUCAUUGUCAGUGGAAAUCCCACAUAAUAGGUUAUGAUUAGUGACGGAAUGCUGAAGUGGAAUUUUGUUGGUUAUUACGUAUGUCGUCUGUUGAAAGAUUUUGUUAUUACUGUACUUUUUUGCGUAGAUAAAUAUAUUUUAUUACUAUGACUUCGUUAAAAAAUACUGUUAAAUAUAUUUAUCAAUUGCCAGCAUUAGAAAGAUUUGAAAUCUGUAAAAUAUUAGAUCAAGACGAUCAAUGGGAAGAACUGGCAGGUAAAUGGAUGCAAUAUGAUGUAUCCAUUAUUUGCAGUUUACGAAAACUAAAAAGUCCUACGAAUGAGUUAUUAAAUAAUUGGGGCCUUCAAAAUCAUACCAUUUUGGAACUAUAUAUUUUAUUAUUAAAAAUGAAACAUUACAAAACUAUGAUUUUUUUAAAGCCAUUUGUUGAUACAAAAUUUCAUUGCUUAUUAAAUAAAAACAAUGAUAAUCGUUCAAAGAUAUCUAAUAAUCAACAAGUGACUGAAGAUAUCAAGGAUUUAAAGAUCGGUAUACAAAAUUUUAAUCAAAGGAUUUCUCCGAGACCAGAUGCUAGAAAAAUAAUUGUAGAUGAAAAUACCAAACAAGCAUCUUAUAAAAUAAUAAAUCAAUCUUUGGAUAAUCUACAAUCUGUAGAUGUAUCGAGUAACACAAAUAAUUUACUUGUGCCUUCUUUAGCAAAUCGUUUAUUAUCUCUAAAACAAAAUAAAACUAAUUCUAAAAAAUCUCAAUUACCUAUAUUGAAGCCUGAAGCAACUUUACCAUGUGUACCAUAUAGUGAACUUGAAAGUGCUACAAAUAGUUGGUCAAAACAUAAUAUAUUAGGAAAAGGAGGUUUUGGAGUAGUUUAUAGAGGUACAUGGAAAAACACAAAUGUAGCUAUUAAAAGGCUCGAAUACAAAAAGUCUAAUUCUGAUGAAAGCUAUUUAAUUCAACUUAAGCAAUCACUUAAAGAAAUAGAAAUAUUGAAUUCUUAUCCACAUGAAAAUAUUUUGUCAUUAUAUGCUUACUGCUUAGACGGUCAAAUACCUUGUCUUGUGUAUCAAUUGAUGCAAAAUGGUUCCUUGGAAGAUAAUUUACUCCUAAAAAAUAAAAGUCGGCCGCUCUCUUGGCUGCAACGUCAUGAAAUUGCAAAAGGUACUGCACGUGGAUUACAAUAUCUGCAUACUAUUGGAGAAAAACCUUUAAUUCACGGUGAUAUCAAGAGCGCAAAUAUUUUACUAAAUAAUAAUUAUGAACCUAAAAUUGGAGAUUUUGGUUUGGCGAAAGAGGGUGAAAAAAAUUUUAUGAUGGUGAGUAGAAUUCAUGGUACGAGACCAUACUUGCCAGAUGAUUUUAUAUAUAAAAAGCAAUUAUCUAUAAAAAUAGAUACCUAUAGUUAUGGAAUUGUAUUGUUUGAAUUAGCUACUGGACUUCAAGCUUAUGAUAAUAAUAGACCAAAAAAUAAAUUUUUAAAAGAAUUUAUAGAUCAUUUCGAAGAUCAAAAUCUUCAUUUAUUAAUUGAUAAGAAAGCAGGAGAAGAAGAUAAACAAGUGUAUAGCAACUUUAUAGUAUUAGGAAAAUGGUGUUCCAAUCGACUUGCUCAAGACAGGCCUGAAAUGGAAUUAGUGUUUCGUAAACUAGAUGGUUUAUAAUAUUGUUAUAGACUUUCAUUGCUGAUAAUAAGAUUCAAUUGGUAUUACACUUGUUUAUACUAGUAUCUAAGUAUUAAUAAUACUUAGGUAUUAAGUAUAUAUUUUAUAAUUAUUGGUGUAGCAAUUAAUUCGAUGCCUUGAUAUUAAAUUCAUUGCAUCAAAAUCGUAAUUUUUUUUGACAAGAAAUUGGGUAAUUGUCUGAAAGAUGGAUCAAAAUCAUCGAGAAUAAUGGAGAUUAUUUUGAAGAAUAACAGAUGUAUGAUUACUUUAUAAAUAAUUACUAAAUUUGUUAAAAAGACAUCAAAUUAAUUCCUACACCUAAAAUUAACUGUAAAAAGAUGUUUAGUUAUAUGAUCUAAAUAAUGCAAAUGGAAAGUGAUAUAUGUAUAAUUUUUAUAUAUAAAACAAAAGUAAAUUAUAUUUUGUAUUAUUAACCCUUUCGCUGCGAACAGUGCCUUUAGACGCUAAACUAUAGACGCUUCUCCUAGGUGAACAGCGCCUAUAGACGCCGUGCAUUUUUUUGCAUUUGUUACUAUUAAUAACUGCAAAAUAAUGGCUAUUAAUUCGUUUGUCUUCGACGCGUUAGCUGCACUCCGCAGCGAAAGGGUUAAAUAUUUAAUAUCUAUAAAAUCUAUAAGAUAUUUAAUAUAUAAAAUAUUAAAAUUAAUUUGUGACAAUUUCUUACACAAUUGGACAAUAUAUUAAACAUAUAAUUUAUUAAAUAUAAUUUAAUGAUGGUUAAAAUAAUUAUAAAUUAAUAAUGAUC